AUGAUCCUGCUGGCCAACCAUGGGGAUAACGACCAAGAGCUGCAUUUCUCCAGCGUGACGUCUGUGCUUGCCAAUCUCCUACAGUUGCCCGGUCCUGGCCGCGGCCCCGAGAUCAAACGUCAGCAUAGCCGAGUCACGGGGGCGCUGAGGACGCAGGGUGUCGGGCAGUCUGGACGGGAUCGCCAGGCUGGGAGCCGAGGAGGCUGGGGCCUGGACCCAGGACCACCUGUGCCCUCAGCAGCCGAGGCCCCGGGACCCGCCCCGCUCCAGCUCCCGGAGCGGCAAGCCAUGAGUCACUCCAACACCGUGGGCCCGGACUGCGUCCCUCCUCGCAUCGCCCGGCUGCUUGCCAGUUUGAAGCUGCUAGACUGUGUGAACCGACACUUCCACAUGAUCUGUAUCCGGGACAAGUUCAGCCAGAACAUUGGUCGGCAGGUCCCAUCUAAGGUCAUCUGGGACCAUCUGAGCACUAUGUACGACAUGCAGGCCCUGCACGAAUCUGAGAUUCUUCCAUUCCCAAACCCAGAGAGGAACUUUGUCCUUCCGGAAGAAAUCAUCCACGAGGUCCGAGAAGGAAAAGUGGUCAUUGAAGAGGAAAUGAAGGAGGAAAUGAAGGAAGAUGUGGACCCCCACAACGGGGCAGACGAUGUUUUUUCGUCUUCAGGAAGCUUGGGGAAAGCAACAGAAAAGUCCAGCAAAGACAAGAACCCUUCGGACUUGGGGUCGAAGGAAGGGGCAGACAAGCGGAAGCGCAGCCGGGUCACCGACAAAGUCCUGACGGCAAACAGCAACCCCUCCAGCCCCAGCGCUGCCAAGCGGCGCCGAACGUAGUCGUGGCUCAACCCGGCAGGGGGCCAGGGCGCCACUGUCACCCGGCUGGACGCCCGCCGCCUGCCCUCGGGCCCACUGCGACCACCUGGGGCUCCGGGGGCCUGCUCGGGUGCAGAGAGCUGGGAGUCAGGCGUCCGGGCCCCCCCCCCCACCACCACCCCACGCCCCCGGGUGAGCUCUAGCCAUGCUGGCCGCCGGCCGGGCCACAGUCGGGGCUCCACAGAGCAGAGCGCGGGCCUCGGGCAGGACAGCUGGAGUGGCAGGCAGGGUGCCUGCUGUGUCCCUGAGGAACGCUGGUCUUGCUGGGCGACUCGGCUCUUCCCAUCUGUCCGUGUGUCUGUCUGUCAGCCGCUCUUCCUAAACCGGCUGCCCCCUCGGGAGAAAGAGACUCAGGCCACCUGCCUCCCGGCGCCCGCCCGAGAAACCGAGAACUGGAUAUUUUGCCUCAUUCACUUGUACUGUAACGAUGUAUAUAAUUUGGUGGUAUUUCACUAUUUAAUUUUUAAGAAGCCUAUUUUACUAGUGUUUUAUAUGAAAAAAAUAUUGCAGAAGUUAAACUUGUGUUGUAUUUUUCCUGAGAUGCUUUGUGUUAGGUAGUGACUACUGAGACGCUUUCCGCUCGGUUUUUAUAUGCCGGAAACAGAGUUUGUAGGGCUAUUUUUCUAUCUCCCCGUAACUUGUAAACAGACCAAAUGAGUGCGUGGAGGGAGGUGCGCGGCUGGGGCGACUGAGAUGUUUUCCUUUGAGCGCCGACCAUUAAAGCACAAAAGCAGCA